UGCUCGCCUAAAGGCGGUGCUUAUUGACGGAGGCUGUUACUCUACAUGAUUCUCACUGGUGAAUUUCUGCUGCACGUCUGUAUCAAACCCACACGCCGUCCUCAGCGAAACAACUUUCAGCUAAUUUGAUUUCUUCAUUACGGUCACCCUAGGGUUACGCCGGACGUUUUAUGGAUGUUUGUCUGAGGGUUUCAAAACAGCUUCUCGAUGCAAUGGUUUCAAGAGUGGAUCUCCAGUUUUAAACCUGACACACGUGAAUUGGACGGGGAAGUGAUAGUAGUGUAGUCUAGAUGGAUCUCUAUUAAAUUUGGGAUAUCCUCUACCUAACACUUGCGAAUUACAGUUGCAAAACAUGCAGGGACUGGCAAUGAGUUCGGAUCUGUGUUAAGGAAACUUUUAAUGACAGUUUGAUACAACGAUGAUAGAAGAUUAGUAACACGCUUUUGAGGAAUAGUUGUGUUAUCUGUGCUUAACGUUUCUGAAACAUUUACAGAAGUACCUUCAACCAUGACGGACGUGAAGUUAAACUGUACCGACAUUACAUCUGAGGCAAUCUCCCAGGCCCUGUGUAAUGUCUCGGAGAACUUAAUUCAUACAUUGUCCCAGUCGUACGACAGUGGCUUGACAACUACAUCACCCGGAAACGACAGCAACGGGACACUGUUCCGACGGCGUCCCAUGGCCAAGCCACUUGAGAUGAACAUUCAAAUUCCGCUGUAUGUGAUACUGUUUCUUCUGUCGGUGGUUGGGAAUAUCCUCGUCAUUGUGACGCUCAUACAGAACAAGAAAAUGAGAACAAUAACGAACGUGUACCUAUUAAACCUAUCUAUUAGCGACUUGCUACUAGCUGUUUUCUGCAUGCCUUUUACCCUUAUCCCCAUGGUGCUCAAAAACUUUGUGUUCGGAGAAACUAUGUGUAUUACCAUCCGUUAUCUACAAGGUGUUUCAGUCGGAGUCAGUUGCUUUACCUUGGUGGCUAUUUCAAUGGAGCGCUAUUUCGCCAUCUGUAGACCCCUCCACUCCCGGUCGUGGCAAACCCUGUCCCACGCGUAUAAAGCCCUGGCAGUGUGCUGGCUCCUUGCCUUUGUUGUGAUGAUUCCAAUCGCCGUGUUCCAGAAGAUCAUUCACUAUCCCAGAGUCAACGUCAGCAUGUGCGCCGAAGUGUGGGGCGACAAAAACUUGGAAAAAGCGUACGCCAUUGCUCUAAAUUUGAUACUGCUUAUUCUGCCCAUCAUCAUCAUGAGUGUUGCGUACGGGAUGAUCUCCUAUACAUUGUGGCUUGGGAUUAAGAUGGAGGAACAAUCGGAUAGAAAUAAAAAUAAGAAGGACAAAAAUGGCUGCCUGUCGAACAGCGACCACUCACGAGGAAACGGUGCUGGUUACAUGGAGCCUGACUACACAACAACAGCCACCAGCAAUACCAAGAGAACCUUCAGGAAGUUUGAAUUUAACCGAGCAAUGAGGCAGUCAAAUAGCGAGAAAAGUCGUGCCGCCAAGAAAAGAGUUAUAAAAAUGUUGUUCGCAGUUGUGCUGGAAUUCUUCCUGUUUUGGACGCCUACCUACGUCGUGGCAACCUGGAUUGUUUUCCAUGAAGACAGUGCACGGGCGAACAUCUCUCCCCUGACGAAAUCUUUAAUUCAUUUAUUGUCAUAUGUGUCAGCGUGUUCAAACCCAAUCACAUACUGUUUCCUUAACAAGAACUUUCGACAAGGAUUUCUGUCAGCGUUCCGGUGUUUGCGAAGACGUUACAUAUACGCCCGACAGAAUGAGUUGUCUUUCUCUGGAAAUACUGCAACCACUCGCACAGGGGCAACGAACAUGGGGACGUACGAUAAGAUACACGACUCGGAUGAUAUAUCAGAAAAGAGCUUUUGAAGGAUUCAGCUGCAACUGGAACAACAUCCAUUGCAGGUUCAUACUCAACGACAGACUGAUGUCAAUGGAGUUAACCUAUGUUUGAUAUUUAUAUGCAGAUUCAGAAACAAUCAGGAUGAAUACGUUUGGGGACAGGUUUAGUUUUCCAUUAUAUUAUCUUUAAAUAAUAAGCAGCCGGUGGUAGAAGGGGAUUGAGGGGAAGACUGAAACGAGUCGACAUGCGUCACGUGCUCUUUGAAAUUAAUGUUUGUAUUGUAAUAAGGCAAAGGUAACUUUAAUACGAUAACAAUACAGUAAUACUACUGAAACAUGUAACACAGCGAUGAAAGUGAGUAUGUCUGUGAGAACUAUUUUUUUUCAUUUUGUACACAUAGCAAACCACUUGUUCAUCAACAUUCUGACAAACACCUGUUAUGUCUGUCGCAUGAAGCCGACGAUUUCCGAAUGCUAACAAAACGUAAUCCAAUACUGUAAUGUCGUUGCAGAUGUCGUUAUACAUUAUAACGUCUGUGAGCGCCAUGCCAACAACCAAGUGUAUGUAUUAGAAACUUACCCUCAGAUCUUUAGGUACCAUAUCGGAGGUAAAGAUCUGGUCGUUGAGGGAUUGCAGGUACUUAUACACGGGGAAUCUUAUGGGUGAAGUUUACGUUGACUGUGUUUUGAUUACAAUGUACGCUUCGUUACAGAAACGUUUUAAAAUAUUUCAAUAUUUUGUGAUAUUUAAUGUUUUGAAGUGGAAGUGUUGUGAACGCAGGGGUUGUCAAAAGGGUCGGAAACUUUUGAUGUGAUGAAGUCAUAAUUAUUCGGCCAUUGACCAAUAAUAUGGUAUAUACGAUGACGCUCAAUCAGUCCGAAACGUCAAUAUCUGUCUGUGUAUUCAGUGAGAUAUUUCCCAGUACCCGUCAGUCAUUAAUGAAAAGGACACUCUUGGACCAAAUGAUGUACACACUACACUAACUGAAUUCAGAAGUAACUCCGACAAUGUAUUCAUUUGGGUGACAGUUACGUUUUUUAUUUAUUUUAACACAUGCAUAUUUUGGAACAGCAGUGUGGCCUUGUUUAUAGGUAAGACUUGCAAAGUGUCAAAAGUUUUCAACAGGUGCUAUGUUUUGCUAUAAACAAGGACAACCCAACCUUUCUAUUCAAAAGUUCAAAAUUAAAAACACAUCCAUAUUUAUUUUUGUCAAAUGUAUUUGCUCAUGUCAGAGGUGCAAAUUUACAUGUGAAAGAAGACACCUUAGCUGUCAGUCAUUUGAACAUGUUGAUUGUUUUCUUGUCAGUUAUGGAAAUUAUACUUGUUCUUUGGAAGGACUAAUGGUGUCUCUGUUUCACAGGGAUAGGGUCGUCCGGAUUUAUGGGCUUUCCAUUUAGGUACAUUGGAACAAUUGUGAACUUUUACGUAUCUGCAAGUUCUUGUGAAUCACGUAAAGGGUUUUUCGGUUUUCAAAUUACUAUUACCAGCCUAAACAUUAUUGAUACAAAUAUAUGUCGGAAUGUUUCUUUUAGUAGGUAUUUGUACGAUUGUACACAGAUAUACACACUAGUCGUCUGAAGCUCCAACGCUGAACAUUUUGUAAAGUUAUGAAUACACAGUGCCAUUUAGAAAGUAGUCAAAUGUAAAACAUGUUAUAUUUGGGAUGGCACUUUCUGAGAUUCCACCGAAGCAGCGAUGGCUGAGUGGGUUAGACGGCUGGGGAUUAGAUGCCUGACUCCGAUGGUGUGGGUUCGAAUCCCGGAUGGUUCUCAACCCGACAAAAGUAUUAGAAUAUGUAUUUUACUGAGAAAAUGCAAUCCCAAAAAUAACAUGAAUUCAUUUUGAAAAGUUGUUCUUUUAUUUCUGUGAUAAUGAAAAGUCUCAUAGAAGAAAAUAAGAGCAAAAUGAGAAUUCAUGCGAUGUAUUUUCAGCCCCUGCGCGAUUGUUUAGAAUGUUAUUUAUUUCACCGUAUCACCCGUAUUGAUAUUAAUGUUAAAAGCACGUGCCUUGAGCUUCAUUCCAUGUUUUCCAGUUUAUACUGUCAUUAUGUUUCUAUGUUUCUAUGGGACUUAAACGAGCCGCGGUUUCAAGUCGACAUAUUUAAACUCAAGAACGGAAUAAAACAAACAUGCCCUGGCAUAUACAUAUACAUGUACAUGAACGUCUAACCAAACUUGACAUGCAUAAUAUUCUCAGACCGUAUACAAAUCUGGUCGUUACUCUCUGCAAGGGCAGUGUACGGAAACAAAGACCUGCAUCCUAUUCCCAAUGUGGUCUGGCCGGACCGAAUCUGUUUCUGCUGAUCCCGUUACUGAACAGUUGAGCAAGAUCUUCUUCAGAAAGAUCCCCGGAGCGUGCAUGGCCAUUCGAAGUCGUCAUGUUGUUUUCGGGCAGACAACGUCGAUAUUGAUCACGUGACAAGUCAGUAUUGUACAUAUGUUGACGAGUAACUGUUUAAGCUUUGACCAAACCGUUUCGUUUAAGUUUUCUAUUGUUUGGUAAGCACUGAAUAGAAUUAUUUCAUCACUUGAUGUAGAUUAACAUAAGUAUUUUGUACCGUAUAACAUUGGCAACAUAUACACGUAAUUCUUGCACAGAACGAACCACACAUCUGACACGGGUAUUUCCUCCAUAAUGUACAAAACGCCGUCUUGGGUGUAAACUGCGAUGAUUUUCAAACGUACACACUCACAUACUGUUUUAGAAACACAUUUUCCAGUUGGUUCUUAAAUAUUCUCAAGGCGCCGUGUUCUUAUAUCAUAAACACAGUAUUUACUCCAACGACCAGGAACGUUUACGUUUGUAUAUUGACAGGCUUCCAAUCCCAUUUUGGUAUACGGGUUUCGGUGGUCGAGAAGGUAUACUGAGCUCGGCAGUGUGGUACGCAAAUGAAGUCAUAUUUGGCAUACAGAUACAACAUUUGAGUCAGAAAUAGUGGCAUACGUAGAAUAUUCCUUCAUGUAAUAUGUGGAAAGAGAAUCUGAAUUAUGCUUAAAAUUGAGAUUUGUGGUUGUGGUAGCGGGGAUUCAGGGGUCUGCAAAUCUGAUUCAAAGUAUAACUAGAUGGUAAUCAGGAUCCAGUUGGAGAGGGAUAGGCACUGAUAUGUACAUAACUGAUUAGAAAAAGCAAACUACUUGGACUUUCACGAUCAGCCUAUGUC